UCUUUCACACAAGGGAAAGUGGUAUCGGAAGUUUACAAGAAGAGUGCCUCCCUAAUACUUGAGCGAUCGAUGGCCGAUGAAAAUUCUAGUUCAGGCUCCAACUACAUUUCAAGCGAUGAUGAUAAUAUUGAAAGUGAAGGUAACUUUGAAGAUGAAGAAGCAAUUUCAAUUGAGAUUCGAGAGAUUCUUGAAGAUCUAAUAUGGGAGAUGAGUCUAGAUUUCGGUGAAGAUGUGAAUGCUAAUAUGCUUGACCUUUUGCUGGAAGACAUUAAUAUUGAGGAAGAUGAUGAUGCAGAGUCUUUCACUGAAGACCUAUUUAUUUCAAUGGAUGAUAUCAAUGUUAGCAAUGAAUCUGGUUCUGAUUCAAACUCAGAUGAGGAAAGUCACAGGUCAAGCAAAUAAAGCAAGGGUGAAGAGGACAAGGGGGCCAAGUCUUGAGAUAUACAUGUGUUGAUCAUCAUACAUAGGCAUGCUUGAUUCUCUAUUUUAUAGUAUUCAAUAAAUUGUGUCCAUGUUGGACCUUUAUGUGUGACCUGAACUGAACUAGUUGUGGUUUCAUUAUGUUUUAUUUUCUGCUGUAAUGUUUAGUAGAAGAGGAAGUAUGCUGUUAUCCUUGAAGAUGUCUUAUAUUGCCACUGUUUUGCUUUGUUACUCAGUUGUUAUGUGAAAUGACUUUGGCCCCGCUAGAAUUUUCAA